UCCGCCGCACAUUUGUCUAACUGUCGACCCCGUCGUAUCGACGAGCUGCUCGGAACCUGCUGCCCGGGAGCCCGCCCUGAAUGGACUACCAGAUCACCGAGACUACACGAACACACCUUUUUAAUUGCACAGAGGAAGAGAAAAACUACCAGGGUAGCGCGGGGAUGCUUCGCGCGCGUGUUGUGAGAGUAAUGAUAAGUAUUUAGACAAGUCGCUCAUUAACGAGUAAUUACAUAAGUGGCGUUUAAACCGCCAGUGUGGUUCGGGUGUUUGCUAGCAGCUAAAAUUAGAACAACUCGCUGCCACAGAGGACACGGUGGUGUUUAUUCAGCGGGACUUUUUCAUUUUUCCUCAAAGCACCUUUUGGAUUUUUUAACACAAAGCAAGUGUGGAGCCGAGGACGAGGUCAAAACAAACCAACACAGACUUGAAUCAAAGAGAGAGAUGACCCUAGUUUUGUCCAUGAAUCCUUUCCUGGACCCAGAGGGAGACCCUCCGCUCUCCACAUUCCCGCCCAUAUGGGAAUCGGAGCGCUGCAAGAAGACCUGCCUAUCGGACCCAGCCCCCCCCUGCACCUCUGAGGAGCCAUGUGCACAAGACCCCCCCUGCAGACGAGCCCCUGGUCAUGUCUCAGUAUCAAGGAUUGCUUACUUCAAGAGGAAGUUUGUGGAUGAUGAUGAGGAGCCACCCUUCAGCUUCAGGACAUACUGCCAGACUGUUGCCCCGGUGCUGGAGGAGCGCGCCCACGUGCUGCGCCUCUCCCUGGAGAAGAUGCGCUUCAUCGAUGACCCCGAGGCCUUCCUCCGGCGCUCCGUCCUCGUGAACAACCUCCUCCGGCGCCUGCGGGCCGAAAUCCUUCUCCAGAGCGCAGACUGGUGCUUCCCCCCCAACCCUGCCUUCACCCCCGGCCCUUGUCCCCCAGCCCCCAGUGCUAACCCCGCCCACCAGGCCCUCCACGGAGCAGUGCCCAACCGCAUCUGUAUAGCACCCCAAGCCGGACCACCUUUCCGUAAGCGCUUCCGGAUGGUCCGUGCGGGACAGGGGGAACUACGCCAAGACUGCGCCCAGACGUGCUGCUGCAUCUACGCAGCGGCAGCGGCGGCAGGGCACUACCUCCACCUCCCCUUCUCCAUGUACGACGCAGCCCUCUCCACCUGCCCAUCUGCCCCGCACUCCUCUUUCUUUCAGCUAGCAGGCCAUGGUAAGUUAGGGCUGACAGUGGCAAUAGAAGAGCAUGACGAUGAGGAUGAAGAGGAGGAGGAAGAAGAGGAAAAUGAAGAUGAAGAAGAGGGGGAGGAAGAAGAAGAGGUUAGAAGAGAGGCAGGGACUUCCCUGGAUGUUGUUAAGGACAAGUCAAGCCAGAAAAGCAGGACUAGGACCUUGCUGGGUCACGCACACACAAGGACAGAGGAAGACAGCUGCGUGACAGAUAGGGAGGAAGAGGAGGAGGAGGAAGAAGAGCAGGAGGAAGAGGAGGAGGAGGAGGAGGAAAGGCAGGUUGAGGUUCAAAAAGUCAGCCUGUGGCGCCGCAGGGCUCAUAGACACUGAUCUUGCUUUCUGAGAAUGUAAAUGUAACCAUGAGGACAGCUGUCAUCAGGUGAAGAUCAUUUGUCCUCAGACGAUGGAGGUGUGAGCUACCUACUAUAGUAACGCCAAGUCAGCUUUUUUGAAUGUGCUAAUAGAGUGGUGCAGUAAUGAUGUCAUUUAGUAGCAAGGGCUCCCUGAUCAAAUAUCAAAUGGGAUUUUUCCAUUGGAUAUUGGAAUAUUGCAGAAGAUAAGCUCUGUGGCAAACACAUGUUUAUGAUACCUAACAGGUUAAAUUCAGAAGGAUCAUUUUUGGGAUAAUUGUGAAGCUUUAUGCAAAGGGCAGCAGUAAAACGCUAACCUAUAAACGAACCACAUCAUGGUUGCAUGACUUCAAGUCAGCCCCGCUAAGCUAAGGCUGGCUAAUGUGUGGCGUGAUGACGUUAAUUAGUCUCAUGUAGCCGCUUGUUUGCAACCGCCAUUUUUAUGACAAAUAAAAGCCUCAAACACCAGUGGGGUAUUUACUGACGUAGAACAAAACAGGAAAAUCAAUUCAGCUUGUGUGAACCACAGACCUUAUUUUGGAAAUAUAACAAACAAUAAGUUGAAAAACCUCUGACUUCGAGAUGACAGAGCCUGGAUGUGCUAAAAUGCUAACUCAUUUCCAGAGCUUAGGACUCAUUCCUGCACUACUCUAUAAACUUCAGGAUUGCGCACAUGAAACCUUGUAUUAUUUUGCUCGUGUUAAGAUCAAAUAAUAACUACAUAGAAAGAUCUUGGCCACUGUUGGCACUGGAAUAUUUUCGAGAGAUAGAUAGAUAAGUAGGUCAUAUAGGGUGGGCUCUUAAAUCCUAAAAGUGAAGUGAUGGGUCUCCAAGACCAUUUUUACAGCCCCACAGCACAAAACUAAAGGUCUUAGUGGGGUUUAUAUUGGUGCACCGGUCUUGUUUCAGGACCCUAAACAAGCCUACAAUAGGUGGAUUUGGGAGUGUGUGCUUCUGUGCGUGUAUGUGCGUGUGUCAGCAAGAUAUAAUGUAGCAUUUUAAAACUUGAUUUAAACAGUUCUUUGAAUUAAACAUGGGUAUAUUUUAAAGCUGUCUCAGGCAAUGGCGAGCGACUGUGCUGCAGUGGCAGCAUCAUGUGUUUUUCUUCAAAUUACUUUAAGAGACAACAAUCAUAAACAUUGAAAAUGUUAAAUCACAAGUUCAAGUGCCUUAGUGUUUUUAUAGAUUCAUGUAUAUUGUGUUUUAAUGUAAUUGUUCUUGUUGCUAAGUAUCUUGCGUUCCAAGUGACUGCGUUUAACAGGACACAGGCAUGUAGUUAAAUGCAGGGAUUCUUUCAAGUGUCUAUGAAAGCUCAAAGCAAACUGAAUUUCAGCCCCCAAAAUGCAUGUUUUAUAGCAUUACGUGUCUUGACAACGUACAAACUUGAAAGCAACUUUCAUGUGAAGUUGCUAAAGUCUUGUUCAAAACCUCCUUUACUUAGAUUCAAUCAGGAGAGGCUUGUUAUUGUUGUUGCUGUCCAUUGAUGAGGUUUCACCAAAAGUCUGCAAAACUGUGCAUAGAUUCACGACCACAGUUUUUGCGACGCACUACAACAGAAAUAUGGAUAUGCAGAUGUAUAAAGGAGUUUUAUGUCCCUUUGCUUUAGCAUCAUUUUCAAUCAUAAACCCGGACAUUUCUGCACCCAAGCAGGAAAUAGUACUUCUCAUAACUCUACACACAAGUGUGUCAGUUUUAUACUUUGGCAGCUGUAUGGAUUUAACUAUUUUAAUAAAAAUGUUAAAAUAAGUUGAUUUAAAGGCUUUAGAAGUUCUUGAAGGCUCAGGAUGUUGAAUUUGGAUAUUAUCAGGCUAGCUGUUUCUACCAUGGAUGUAUGAAGAGAUCUGGAUAAAGUGUAGGAGGCGGGGCUUGUUCAUUCCUUUGAAAGUUGCUCAGUGGCGCAUGAAGCCAACAUGGCAUGACUCUAGUGUUAAGAAAACCCGGAUAAAUCCAGGAUCUGGGCCCAUAGAGCAUGUGUUUACCCUAAGCCCCAUUUCCAAUCCGCUGCAUCACAGCCCGGACUCAUCUCUUUUCAAAUAUAUGAAAUAUAUUUAUAAAAGCAUGUAAUUCUAGAUUGGUUUUUAGUGCAUCUUACAACUUUUAGGUCCAAAUGAUUUAACAAAGGGCUAUUCAAAUGUUCGUGCUGGGUAUUUUAUUCAGCAAAAAAACACAGAUGCACAUUUCCCAAUGUAAGUCAAUAGGAAAAAGUGAAUGGAAUCACGGACUGACACAUCAGUUGUAGUACCACCACUUGGCCACUAAAUCACUUUCAGUCCACAGAAUGCACUUUCAGGGGGCUUGGUUUCUACCUGCUCCUAUUACUAGGAUGGGUUAAAUGCAGAGGACCAAUUUCACUGUGUGUGCUCUGCUGUGUGCAUGUAUGUGACAAUAAAGAGGGCUUCAUCCUCCGACUCUGUCUUCUAUCUACCUGUUGCAGUCUUUAUGCUAUGGUUAGCUACCUGGUUGCUACUCCGUAUUUACAUUCAUGACAGUGAUAUCACUCUUACUCUCGGUAAGAAAUCAUUUUUUGUGUUGCAGGCAAUAGAAUUCUGUAACCAUGUAUCUCAACAUUCCUAGCUAAAUAUCACGUCCUUAUCAGACUUUACAUUUGUUAUUAGGCUAAAAGAAACCAAUCAAGGACAGACACAAUACCAAGCCAGUUCUAAUCUACAUGAGCCUUUCAUGACGGCAUGAUCAGUGGUUUCUCGUUUUGUUGGUGUGUCUCGUUUGGAGCCUCUGAAGCUUAGGGUCCUCACUGAUGACAAACCAAAGCAGUUAAAAAUGUAAAGAUUAUAUCAGUCAGUAGUGUUUUAUUUUUUUGUGAUGCACCAUAAGGUACAAGAAUUGGAUGCUCUUUUUGCUUGGUGGAAUUAUUCCUGCCUUGCCUCUUGUCAUAUCUGUUUUUUCAGAUGUAUAUAACAGUUUGCAUCCCUACAAUGGCCUCACAGUGACACAUCUACAACUAGACAAGUUGAGUACCAGCCUAUCUCGUUUCUCUUAACCCUAAAUAAUAAAACCCAGUGAUUAUCAGUGGUAUUUUUUAAAGAUGAAUCAUUUUGACAGAACAGUAUUUGUUUCUGGGACGAGAACAUGUAACUGCAUUGUCUGUUAUAAAAAAAUUAAAAAACUGAACUGCUCUGACAAUUGUAUGUGAUGUUCUGUGACCAGUGUAAAGAUGAG